AUGCUUUGCCUCAAAAGGGUGUCCCAAUUGGGUAUCCCGCAAAAAAUUCCAAUUGUGGCACGUCGGUGGACAUCAAAUAUACCCCUGGAAAUCCACUUGCAUGGAAAUACUUAUAAGUCCGACGAGUGGACGAAUGUUCCACCCCAGAUUCUUGCGCUCACAGACAGAAGUUUACAUCAAAACCCCAACCACCCAAUCGGUAUCCUUCGUCAUUUAAUCGAAGACAAGUUCAAGGGAUUGGGUUUUACCUUUUAUAACGAUUUUCGUCCUGCUGUCACGACUUUUCAGAACUUCGAUGUUCUUGACUUCCCCAAGGACCAUCCUGGCAGAGCAAAGCUGGACACCUACUACUUGAACAAAGACAACCUCUUACGAACUCAUACUUCUGCCCACGAGCAUGAAUGUUUCCAAGUUUGUGAGACACCCGGUUAUUUCAUCACGGCAGACGUUUACCGCAGAGACGAAAUCGACAAGACUCACUACCCGGCCUUCCACCAAAUGGAAGGAGCUAGAUUAUGGUCACAAAAGACACCCGAUUUGGAGAAAGUUCUCCAAGCUGAUAUCGACGCUAUACCCAAGACUAAUAUCAUCGUCGAGGAUCCCUUCAGAGAACAUCCAUCUAACGAGGAAAAUCCAAGGCAGAAGCACAUGACCGAUCCAGAGGUCCGCCUCAUAGCGACUCAUUUGAAGAAGACUGUCGAGUACAUGGUGAACUUAGUGUUUGAAAGCGCAAAGGCUGCUGCUUUGAAAGCCGGCGCUGAAGACGACUUCUUGAAAGAGCCAUUGAGAAUCCGCUGGGUCGAAGCAUACUUCCCGUGGACAUCACCAUCCUGGGAGAUUGAGGUCUGGUGGAAGGGCGAAUGGUUGGAGUGCUGUGGCUGUGGUAUUGUGCAGCAGCAGGUUUUGCUCAAUUCUGGUCUUAGCGAAGACAAAAUCGGCUGGGCCUUUGGUGUUGGCCUCGACAGAAUCGCCAUGCUUCUUUUCGGUAUUCCAGACAUUAGACUCUUCUGGACGCAGAAUGAGAAGUUCACGAAGCAGUUCACUCAAGGUGAGAUCACCUUGUUCAAGCCUUACUCCAAGUAUCCGGGUAUCACCAGAGAUGUGAGUUUCUGGGUGCCAGCGGGUGUUGAGUUGCAUGUGAACGACGUUAUGGAGAUUUUCCGCUCCCACGCUGGUGACUUGGUGGAGACAGUUGAGCAGGUUGAUCAAUUCACCCAUCCCAAGACUGGCAAGACGUCGCACACUUACAGGAUUGAGUUCCAGUCUUUUGACAAGAACUUGACCAGAGACGAAGUUAACGAUAUGCAAGGUGCUGUGUUGGCGGAACUCAAGGAGAAGUUCCAAGUUGAGAUUCGUCAGCGUUAA